UCUAUACGGAGCAAGGGAACCGGGGCGGGCGCGACAACAAGUGAACCACGGUGUGAUAGGCAAUUGGUCCGGGCGAUUGGCCACUUCGACGCAGGCUCAGCAUAAUUACUGGGUGGACGAGUUAUGACGAAAGCUACAACGCCGGGCCACCACCAUGCAGCAGCCGCAGCAGCACCGGGAGUGUACGAAAGGCGAAGGUAUGCACCACGGACGGCGGCGGGGCUGGUGCUGCUCGUCGCCGGGUUAGCGGUGUUGGUUGGCCUGCCCGAUCCCUGCACCGGCCAGCGCGAGUCACAGCUACGGCUGGGCAAGGCGGUAAACGUGUUCCUACGCUACGGCUAUCUCUCGAUAUCGAUGAAGGUCAUCUCAUACAACGACAGCGAACGCUGGCUGUUCAAGGAGCCGACGAACAACAUCUUCAAGGGACUCGAUCUGCUCAAAACGGAAGAGUACGAGGUAAAGCCGGGCAUCUUCAACGGGGACUUUCACAUGGAGUUCUGCGACAACCGGCGGCAACUGUUCCAGGCGUACUUCCGCGACUUCCAGAUCGAGCGGCUCGACAGCCCGUGGCGGGCGUACACCGAGGGCUGGCACCCGGAGGUGGCGGCCAAGAAGCUAGGCAUCCAAAGCAAGUACCUCGAGCGGGACGACUACUGCUACGUUUUGGUGCGCGUGUCCCGCUUCCGGGACAGUGCCCGGUUCGCGAAGCCGAUCCCGCCGAACCAGACGCUCGAGCCGGAGGUGUCGCGCCGGGUGCAGAGCGUCGCCGUCGGCGAUACGACGUCGGCGGUGCAGUUUAUGAACCGAUACGGGACGCACUAUAUCAACGCGUACGUGACCGGCAACUCGCUCUAUCAGGUGUUCGUGUUCAACAAGCGCAACUACGCGCACGUGAAGGAGAAGCUGAAAACGCGGGGCGUCCUCGCGCUCUCGCGGGUGGACUUGCACGAGCACUUCGCGCCCUGGUACGUGGAGCACAUGGGCAAGAUACGGUGCGCCAGUGGGAACGCGACGGUCGAGGCGUGGGCUGCCCGGAAGCUGCGGCUCUCGUACUACGUGUUCACGUACAGCAGCCUGCUGAAGCUGCACGGCGACGGGGCGCUGCUGCGGAUACUGAGCGAGCUGCUCCAAAACGAGGCCAUCCUGCAGCUGGAUCUGCGCUCGCUAGGCGUCAUCUUCAAGGAUCCGGCCAAACGCGCCUGGUACGAGGAGAUCCUGGACAACUAUCUCAAACUGUGGGAAGUCAACAUGUAGCCGUGGUGAGACGGGAACACUAGUAUUAUCAGUGGCAGACCUAGCGAAGGACAUGACGGCCGGUCGAUUCUCUGGUCUCGGUGCCGCACUUGGCCGCAGCUGCUAGUGUGCGUGUGUGAGCGAUGCAUUUCUGGGUGUCGUGCGGAGUCCGGAGUCCAUUGUUGACCUCUGGUGCAAAACGCUACGAAACCCUCCAGCGGCUCCAGUGAUGUGUGUUGAUUGUGCAAGAAAAUGGUGUGUAGACAGUCUAUCCUUUGUGGCGUGCCGUGUCCAGGGCGUCCGACGGCCCCCCGAGAAGUCGUGGGACCGUGGAUGAUUAGGUGCAAAUUUAUCAACGUAAGGUUAGGUUAAGGGUAGCUUUAGGCGUUGGGACAAGGAAGGAUGCAAGUGUAACCCACAAACUCACUCACACACACCGACACAAACACCCUUGAGGCAUCCACUACCCACUUCACUACUGUACUACUUCCACAUGCUGUGAUAGACUUAGCUAAUAGUGUGUUUGCCAGGAUGUGAGGGAUAUCGAUUAAGCGCGAAACCGAUCAAGCGCGAAUGGAUAGAGAAUGAGCAUACUCUUUUCGGAAAGAGAAGUUUUUGGCUCAGUGUUUUAGUUUGUGCCUCGUGUGGAGUACCGUGGCGAGUAUGGCAACAACGGGCUACGGGCAACUAGUGUAACGGCGAGGACCUUGUGCACAGUGCACAUGCGAAAGAAGCGCAGCGCAUUUCCAAAAAGGGAAACGAAGCGCUUGGUGGCGCUUUACUGACGAGAAGCGUCGAUCGUUCGAUUUUAAAUCAACUAGUGAUAGGCAUAUUUAAGUGGACA